UGCGUGCUCACGUGACGGGUCCGCGAGGACCCUCGCUCAGUCGUCCUGGCGAGCGAAGAUGGCGGCCGAGAGGGAGCCUCCUCCGCUGGGCGACGGGAAGCCUACCGACUUUGAGGAGCUGGAGGACGGGGAGGACCUGUUCACCAGCACAGUCUCCACGCUGGAGUCAAGUCCAUCAUCUCCAGAACCAGCUAGUCUUCCUACAGAGGAUAUUAGUGCAAACUCCAAUGGCCCAAAACCGUCAGAAGUUGUACUGGAUGAUGACAGAGAAGAUCUUUUUGCAGAAGCCACAGAAGAAGUUUCUUUGGACAGCCCAGAAAGAGACCCUAUCCUGUCCUCAGAUCCUUCUCCUGCAGUCACACCAGUCACCCCUACUACACUCAUUGCUCCUAGAAUUGAGUCAAAGAGUAUGUCAGCUCCUGUGAUCUUUGAUAGAUCCAGGGAAGAGAUUGAAGAAGAAGCAAAUGGAGAUAUUUUUGAUAUAGAAAUUGGUGUGUCAGAUCCAGAGAAAGUUGGUGAUGGCAUGAAUGCUUACAUGGCAUACAGAGUAACAACGAAGACUUCUCUUUCCAUGUUCAGUAAGAGUGAAUUUUCAGUUAAAAGAAGAUUCAGUGACUUUCUUGGUUUGCACAGCAAGUUAGCAAGCAAGUAUUUACAUGUUGGUUAUAUUGUGCCACCAGCUCCAGAGAAGAGUAUAGUAGGUAUGACCAAAGUCAAAGUAGGUAAAGAAGAUUCAUCAUCCACUGAGUUUGUAGAAAAACGAAGAGCAGCACUUGAAAGGUAUCUUCAGAGAACAGUAAAACAUCCAACUUUACUACAGGAUCCUGAUUUAAGGCAAUUCUUGGAAAGUUCAGAGCUGCCUAGAGCAGUUAAUACACAGGCUCUGAGUGGAGCCGGAAUAUUGAGGAUGGUGAACAAGGCUGCGGACGCUGUCAACAAAAUGACAAUCAAGAUGAAUGAAUCGGAUGCAUGGUUUGAAGAAAAGCAGCAACAAUUUGAGAAUCUCGACCAGCAGCUUAGGAAACUCCAUGCCAGUGUUGAAGCUUUGGUCUGUCAUAGAAAAGAACUUUCAGCUAAUACAGCUGCCUUUGCUAAAAGUGCUGCCAUGUUAGGUAAUUCUGAGGAUCAUACUGCUUUAUCUAGAGCUUUGUCUCAGCUUGCAGAGGUUGAAGAGAAAAUAGACCAGUUACAUCAAGAACAAGCUUUUGCUGACUUUUAUAUGUUUUCAGAACUACUUAGUGACUACAUUCGUCUUAUUUCUGCAGUGAAAGGUGUGUUUGACCAUCGAAUGAAGUGCUGGCAAAAAUGGGAAGAUGCUCAAAUUACUUUGCUCAAAAAACGUGAGACUGAGGCAAAAAUGAUGGUCGCUAACAAACCAGAUAAAAUACAGCAAGCUAAACAUGAAAUAAGAGAGGAAAUUGAAGAGUGGGAGGCGAAAGUACAACAAGGAGAAAGAGAUUUUGAACAGAUCUCUAAAACAAUUCGAAAAGAAGUGGGCAGAUUUGAGAAAGAACGAGUGAAGGAUUUUAAAACUGUUAUCAUCAAGUACUUAGAAUCAUUAGUACAAACACAGCAACAGCUGAUAAAAUACUGGGAGGCUUUCCUACCUGAAGCCAAAGCCAUUGCCUAGCAAUAAGAUUGUUCCACUUAAGAAGACAUUGGAUGUUGCUCCAGUUAUCCUGAACUCCACAAUGAACUCAUUUAAAACCAUCCAAAUAAACCACUAUAUAUUUUAUGAAUUACAUGUGGUUUUUUACAUAUAAAUAAAUAUAUAUACACACGCACACACUCUGACAUUUUAUUACUGCUGCAUGUCCUGUCUUUGAAUUAAGUGGACUGUGGCAUGACAUUCUGCAAUACUUUGCUGAAUUGAACACUAUUGUGUCUUAAAUACUUGCACUAAAAUGUGCACUGCAAGGCCAGAAAAUUUUACAAUAUUUUUUCUUUAUGUUCUGUAGUAUGUUUACCUUCUUAAUGAAAUGAAUUAUCAAUGCAUUAUUAAUGUUCACUUUUACAUUCCUGUACAGAAAUUAUGAUUUUGUGAUUAUAGUAAUAAAAUGAUAUUCCUUGUGAA